AUGCAAACCAAGUCUCUCACCCAGAACAGAAGAUCAGUAGUAAUAUUCAGUCAAUUGAUUAAGCUCGUAUAGAUAGAUAUAUUGCCAUGGCGUCCGUUGAUACUAUUACCAACUUCUUGGCCACACUAUCUGUCAUUGUAACUCUUCUUGCCUUCCAUGGCCGAGCGCAGCUUUCUCCUACUUUCUACUCCUCCACUUGCCCUAAUGUGCAGACCAUCGUACGAGACGCCAUGGAAGAAGCUGUUGAAAAGGAGGCUCGAAUGGGCGCCUCCAUCCUUCGCCUGUUCUUCCACGAUUGCUUCGUCCAGGGCUGCGAUGCGUCAAUUCUGCUGGACGACACGGCCACCUUCACCGGCGAGAAGAACGCUAUCCCAAACAAGAACUCGGCGAGAGGGUUUGAAGUGAUCGACGCCAUUAAAACCAAGGUGGAAGCUGCCUGUAGCAACACUGUGUCCUGUGCAGACAUCCUGGCUCUCGCUGCUCGAGAUGGGGUUGUCUUGCUGGGAGGGCCAACAUGGACGGUGGAACUAGGCAGAAGAGACUCAAGAACCGCCAGCCUAACUGCAGCCAACACCCAAAUCCCUUUCCCAUCCGACAACCUCUCCACCCUAAUCUCCCUGUUCGCCGCCAAAGGCCUCUCUGCCCGGGACAUGACGGCGCUCUCCGGCAGCCACACCAUCGGCCAAGCUCGCUGCACCAACUUCAGGGCUCGGAUAUAUAACGAAACCAACAUUGAUCCAAACUUCGCAGCCCUCCGACAAGCCAAUUGCCCGACCUCCGGCGGCGAUAACAACUUGGCUCCGCUCGACAUCCAGACCCCGACUCAGUUCGACAACGCCUACUACCAGAACUUGGUGGUUCGACGAGGGUUGCUCCACUCGGACCAGCAGCUGUUCAACGGUGGAUCACAAGAUGCACUUGUUAAGACUUACAGUGGUAAUAGUGAAGCUUUUUCAAGUGAUUUUACAGCUGCAGUGGUGAGAAUGGGGAGCAUCGAUCCCCUUACAGGAACCGCUGGAGAGAUUAGAAAGAACUGCAGGCUGGUUAACUGAUUAAUAAUUUGACUCUGAGGGUGCAUGGAUUUAUACUAAUUUAAUACGCACAAAACUCCGAAGAGUUGUUUGUGGGAUUUGAAUAAUCUUUCUUUCUUAGACUUAUGGGAUUGCUGGGUAGUGUGCUUGAAUUACAUGCAAGUCAGUCCGUAUUUAAAUUUUCUAUAAAAUUAAGUUUGUAUGGCGGAGGUCGAUCGACUUCUUUUGUCAUCUUGUUCUUGUUUGAAUGAUCUUAUUGGGGGGGGGGGGGUUCAGUUUUGUUAUCUUGUAUUUUUGUUAAAUUAAUAAUGUGUUCUUGUUUGUUGGGAUAAGCAACAUUAAAUUAA